AUGACCAUCACCUUGCAAGAUAAGUACUACACAGGGGUGGUGGGCCAGGGCUGCAGCUUCUGCCUCGGAACAUCCCUCACUCUCACGUUCAGACCGUGCUUGGGCUGCUCUGUCUGGCGGGCCUGGGCCUUCCGCCGCACCUGCAAUCCCCUACGAAGCAGAACAAGUUCCCUCUGGAAUCAGAAGGCCCACCCUCCCCACAGAAGACUUUCUCAACUGUCCCCAAAGGACGUCCUGCUCCUGGGUCUGCCUGUUUCUCCUCCAGGUCAGGAACCAGGACACCAACCCGCUGGCGGACAGAGAACAGCGCGUCGGUCAACUGCUCUGACCUCCGAUGGGGCGAGUAGGCUCAUGGGGCUCACGGGAAAAGUGACAAAGCUGGCUGGGGGCAACGCUCAUGGGCGCGGGGCAGAGGGCAGAGGAGAGAGGAAGAGCACCUGUGGCUCACCCAGCGCCUGCCUGGGACCUCUGCCAGCAGCUGCCCACCCCCACUCCAUCUCCACCCCAUCCCACGCCAGGGACCCACUCUGGUCUGGGCCUGUGGGCUGUGAAACCACCUCACAAGGUUAA